UUGUGGUGUGAAGGAAUGAGGGCGUCUGGAUGAAGGCCAUGGAGCUGAAAGUGUGGGUGGACGGCGUGCAGCGCAUCGUGUGUGGCGUUACCGAGUUCACCACUUGUCAGGAAGUGGUCAUCGCGCUUGCUCAAGCCAUCGGCCGCACAGGCAGGUACACCUUGAUUGAGAAAUGGAGGGAGACGGAGCGCCACCUGGCCCCCCACGAGAACCCCGUGGUGUCGCUCAACAAGUGGGGCCAGUACGCCAGCGACGUGCAGCUCAUCCUCCAGCGGACCGGCCCGUCCGUCAGCGAACGAGACCCCUCGGAUGGGCUGGCCCGCGGGUCCGACCGCGCCUUCUACCGCCAGAGCCUGCCCCCGCUGGCCAAGCUGCGCCCGUCGGUGGCUGACCGUUCGCUCAAGCGCAGGGAGCCCAAACGCAAGUCUCUGACCUUCAGCGGAGGAGCGAGAGGUCUGCGGGAGAUAUUUGGAAAAAGCCGAGAUACGGAAGCAGCUAAGCUCGCCCAGCAGCGCGGCGUGAGCUUGAACCUGAACCGGGUCGUCGGGGGCGGCAGCGGGGGGUCCUCGGCGGCGGGGAGUCCGGCCCGAGAGCUGGGCCGACUGGUGCAGCUGCAGAGAGACAAACUGCAAGUCCUGGAAAGCCGCCUGCUGGGCUGCGAGGCCGAACUGCGGGAAUGGGAGGAGGCCGGCGAGGAAGGAUGCCUAGAAGAGGAGCUGCUGGUGUUGGAACAGCAGGCGAGGAGGAACGAUGCCGAGAUGGACGAGGAGGAGUUCUGGCAGAACGAGCUGCACAUCGAGCAGGAGAGCGAGCGGCAACUCCGGCAACAGCUGGCUGAGCUGCAGGCCCGCGUACGCGACUGCGAGGCCAAGCUUUCGGAAUACUUAGCACGCAUUCAGAGCAUGGAGAGUGGCCUGGAGCAAGAACGUCUGCUGCAGGACGACGAGCUGUAUCACAUGAUCAAUGAGGAGGAGGUGGAGGCCCAGCUGGAGAAGGUGACAACCGAGCUGGGCAUGCAGAGCCACCACACGGCUCGCCUGGAGAGCAGUUGCAGGGCAUUGGAACGUUCGCUCGGCCAGUCCGGCAAGAGACUACAGGAGAAGGAGCAGGAGCUGGAGCAGCUGACCAAAGAGCUUCGCCAGGUCAACCUGCAGCAGUUCAUUCAGCAGACGGGCACCAAGGUGACCGUGCUGCCAGCUCAGCAACCUGCGGGGGACGACGACGACGACAACAAUGACGAGGAUUGCGCCUCUCUGAGACGCCUCCUACCCAGCGACCUGCGCUCCCUGCAGAGCACCACAUCCUCCGGACUCAACCCUGAAGGCAUCUACGUUUGAAAAGCGGUAACCGUUAGACGAUAUUUUGAUGGUAAGUUAGGCUGAUGUCACCCAAACUCUCGUGCAAGUAAUUGAACCUGAGUGGAACUGGAGUCCCAUCUUUUCUGAGCUACCUUUAGGACUUCAAAUGAUGUCAAUACGCAGUGCAUUUGCAACUCUUCAUAUCUGUUCAAAUGCUGUAUAUAUAAAAAGAAGACAAGUCAGGCCAGCAGAUGUAUUUUUGUUGACUACGGAAAUGUUUUUUUUUUGUAUUGGAAUGCUAAAAAAAACCAAUAGCAGAGAAUCUUAUCAGGAUGUCAGCAAUGCAUACAUGCACGAUCAUGCACAACCAUAAUAUUUGAUUGCCUUACUCUGAUGUGCUGAAAGCGCACAUCAAGUGAACUCACAGUAGGUAGAGCCGCAUCGUUUUUUACUUGAGGAAAAAAUGGGUUUCGCACCAAUUCAGGGAAAUUCUUAGACGUCAGUUUUAUUUUGUAUUGAUUUGAAGUUUGAAGAAAAAUGAAGGAAACCGGGAAACUGAUUUUAGUUCUGUUGUGCAUCAAAGAUUUAGCGUCACUCAAGUUAGCUUUGCAAUUUCCGAGAGCCAUUAAUAUCUGCUUUUUGUUCCAGUCUUAACACUUUAUCCUUUAGUUCCCAAACGAGAGGACAUUUCAAGCCUAUAGGCUUGAACAUCCCAGAUUGGCCACGAGGUGGUAGCAAAACCAAGAUUAUGCAGACUGACGUUUUUGAAUAAUCACACUCCAUUCACUUUGAAAUAACUAGCAUUAAACUGCAUCCUAACGUGUCUGUUGUGUUGACUAAAGCAGGGACUCUGUAGUGUUUUUAUCCAAACAAAAGAUGUCUACUAUGAACCAAAGCUAGUGUGACAAAACAUGAAAUAAAAAGGUUAGAUGAAUGUAUUUUUUAUACACCCUGGACAGCAUCCAUUUGAUUCAAACAACAGUGAAGAAAUCCACUAUAGUGUCGUCGUUAUAGUAGUGACUGACUGGAGCACUGUAACUUACUAAUAAGAGAAUAUUGGCAUGCCUUACCGCGAAGAAACUGUAAAAUGUAAAUAACAUUUUAAGAUGCACUACUUGGAAAGUGUGCAUUGAAUAGAACCCAUAAUAUGCACACACACACACACACAAAAAUGCUUUGAAGGGUGAUUCAAAAAAAUGAAGCCGCAGCAAAGCUGGGUAUGUUUUUCCACAUGUACAAAUGUUGCCUGUUAUGGAGUGCUGUUGUGCCAUCUGUUGAUUUUAAAUAAAAUGUGCAAAUACU